AUGUCAUUAUUACCAUUGAAUAAAGAUGAUAAUAAACAGAUAACAAAACAAAAACCACAUUCAGCACCAAGUAACAUACAAACUACAAUUACAUCUGAAAAUGAAACAUCAACAACUAAAGACGAUUCAAUGUUAACAAAAAUAUCAAUAAAACAAGAUGAUAGUGAAGAGAAACCUCAAAAGUUAUUUGUUGUUGUAUCAGAUGUCGAUUCAACAUGUACUCCAUCAAUGUCAAAUGAAACAACAAAUUCUAAUCUAUUAAGUGUUGAUGACUGUGAAAUAAAUGAAACAAUAAAAACAUUACCAUUACGUCAACGUUCAUCAACUUGUUCUGGGCAACAUUUACUACGUUAUCGUGAACAAUAUUCUAGAAAAACUAUUGAAGAACGUCUUCGUCGUCGUAGUUGGAUGGUAUCUCAAACAAACAAUAAUAAUAAUAAUAAUAAUAAUAAUAAUAAUAAUAAUCAAACAUCUGAUAAUAUUUUACAAAAUCAACAAACAAUGAAUUUAUUACGUUCACGUCGUUUUCGAUUAGGACAAUCAGAACCAAAUUUAACUUCUUUACAAAUGGAUUUAUCUUAUCCAUUAUCUCCAACUACUAAAACUUCUCCCCGAACAUCAUCAGUAACACCAACAAUAACGAAUACUCUUCAAUUAUUAUCACGUCGUCCAAGUAUACGUCGUCCAAAUCUAUCCGGUUUAAAUUUAAUUAAUUUAAAACAUGCAUUAAGAAAACAAUUAUCACCACAACAAACAUUAUGUGCAAUAACAAAUGAUUCAAAUCAAGAUUCAAAUAUACUCGAUAAUGAUAUUGAUCGUCGAUGGUCAUUAACAUCUGCACCGUCAUCAAGUGGUUAUGGUACAACAUCACCACCAAGUUCUCAAUAUUCAUCAUUUGAACGUCUUCAACAUCAACAACAACAACAACAACAUAUAUGUACAUGUAAACGACAACAAAUUGAUUCAAAUCUAUAUGAUGAUUUACAACGUUUAGAAUCUCGUUCAAUAUCAAUGUCAUUACUUGAUGCAAAUCUAUCAACAUCAUCAAAUAAAAUGAUGAUUAUACCUGAGCAAGAUCUUAAUACAAUGGCAUUUAUUUAUAAAGAACGUUAUCCAAAAGCUAAAAUACAAAUGGAAGAACGUUUACAAAAUUUUAUUGAUACAUAUAAAUUAAUUGAUAAAUUUGAUCAUUGUUCAGAUGGUUCAGCAAGAUUUAUACAUAAUCAAAUUGUUGAAUUAGCUAAAGAUUGUUUAGAUAAAUCAAAUAAGGAUUUAAUAACAACAUUAUAUUUUAAUGAAAUGACUGUUAAUCUUGAACGAUUAUUAUUAAAUGCUAAAGAAAAAUGUCCACAAACAAUUGAAAAUUUACAAACAAUUGUUCGAAAACUUUUAUUAAUUAUUGCAAGAUCAGCACGUCUUCUUGAAUGUUUACAUUUUAAUCCUGAAGAUUUUUUACGUACAUUAGAAGAAGUUGAAUGUCAAGCAAAAACUAUGACUCAUAUUAAACAAGAUAUACCAAAAUAUAUUUGUUCAAAACUUAAUCUUGACAGAAAUCCACUUGAUGUUAUUGAUGCCUUACAGUUUACUGAAUUAACUAAUAGUGAAGCAGAAAAUUUCAAAGCUCUUUCAUUAUCUGAAAGUGAAAAUGAAUCAAUAACAGAUACAAAUUAUUUAACAAUAACACCUAAUACAACAUUUUCACCUAUUGAACGUUCAACAUCAAUAAAAGGUCCAUGUGAAGAAGAUUUUGAAAUAAUUAAAUUAAUAUCUAAUGGUGCAUAUGGUGCUGUUCAUUUAGUAAAACAUCGUCAAACACAAGAACGUUAUGCUAUGAAAAAAGUUUCAAAAACAAAUUUAAUUUUACGUAAUCAAAUUGAACAAGUUUUUGUUGAACGUGAUAUAAUGACAUUUACAGAUAAUCCAUUUGUUGUUGCACUUAUUUGUACAUUUGAAACAAAAAAUCAUUUAUGUCUUGUUAUGGAAUAUGUUGAAGGUGGUGAUGUUGCAACAUUAUUAAAAAAUAUUGGUGGACCAUUAAAUAUUGAUAUAGCACGAAUGUAUUUUGCUGAAACAACAUUAGCUGUUGAAUAUUUACAUUCCUAUGGAAUAAUUCAUCGAGAUCUUAAACCAGAUAAUCUAUUAAUAACAUCUAUUGGUCAUAUAAAACUGACUGAUUUUGGUUUAUCAAAAAUUGGCUUAAUGUCAUUAACAACAAAUUUUUAUGAAAAACUUCUUGAUAAAGAAACAAAAAUAUUUAAUGAUAAACAAAUUUGUGGUACACCAUCAUAUAUAGCACCUGAAGUUAUAUUACGACAAGGUUAUGGUAAACCUGUUGAUUGGUGGAGUAUGGGAAUAAUUUUAUAUGAAUUUUUAGUUGGUAUACCACCAUUUACAGGUAAUACACCAGAUGAAUUAUUUGUCAAUGUUAUUAAUGGAAAAAUUGAUUGGGAUCAAUUAACAUGUGAUAUUGAUGAAAAUACAACAGAUGGAGUAAUUUGUCGUGAUGCAAAAAAUUUAAUUGAACAAUUACUUGAACAUGAUCCAUCAAAACGUUUAGGUACAUUAGGUGGUGCAUAUGAAAUUCGUUCACAUCCAUUUUGUUCUUCAAUUAAUUGGAAUACAUUAUUACGUGAAAAAGCUGAUUUUGUACCUGUUUUAGAAUCACCUGAUGAUACAUCAUAUUUUGAUACAAGACAAGAUCGUUAUAAACAUUCUGAUGAUGAUGAUGAUAAUUUAUCAACAACAACAACAAAUGAUUCUGAUUCAUUAUUUGCAUCAUUUUCAUCUGUUUCAUUAAAAUAUGUUUCAGAAUUAUCGGGAAAUUCUAAACAACGUCAUUCACCUAAACAAGAAAAUGAUUCUAAAUUAGUAAAAAAUGUAUUAAGAGCUAAUUCAUGUACAGAUUCAUUUAGUUCAAAUAAUAUUAUUCAAAUCGAUUCAACAAAUGAUUUUCAACCACUUGUUAUGAGUAAAUCAAUGUCAAAUGAGCAAGCUGAAUCACCUACCAUUCAAGCAUCAUUUGGUUCGGAUACAUUCGAACCAUUACAUGUUUCAUCAGAUGAAUCUGAAUCUUCAUCAAUAAAACUCAAUUCAUCUUCAUCAUCUCUUUCAUCAUCUCUAAAAAUAACAAAUACAGAUGAAAAGAAAUCACCAUCAACAUUAACAAAACAUUAUAAACAACGAAAAAGUUCAUUAAAAAUAUUUGAAAAACAAAAUUCAAUUGAUAGUGGUGAUGAUAAUCAACAAGAAAAAACUUCAUAUCGUCAUCAUAAAAAAAGUCGAAUACCUCGAGCAUUAUCACCAAUUCAAUCUAAACAAACAAAUUUAAUAACACCAAUUGUAUCCAUAUCACAUGAAAAUGUUCAAAAUUCAUCUUCAUCUUAUAAACCAAUAAAAUAUAAUAGUCAACAACAAAAAUGUACUUUUUCACGAACAGUUUCAAAAUCAUUUUCAUCAUCGUCAUCAUCAUCACCACCACCAAUUUUAUAUUAUAAUCAGGAUGAUCGUUCAUAUCGUCAAAAUCAACGUCAUAGAAUGACUGUCUCUCCACUUGAACGUGAUACAACUCUUAAAGUUGAAAAACAAUCUUCAAAAAUUUCACUAAUACAUUCAAUAACAAAUACUCUUCGACCACCAAUUAUAAUACGUCGUGGUCCACGUAGUUUUGGUUUUACAUUACGUGCUGUUAAAGUUUUUCAUGGUAAUACGGAUUAUUAUACAACACAACAUGUUGUUGUUGCUGUUCAAGGACCAGCUGAAGAAGCUGGUUUAAAACCUAAUGAUGUUAUAACACAUGUUAAUGAACAUCCAGUUUCUGGUCUAUGUCAUUCUGAAGUUGUUAAAUUAAUUCUUAGUGGAUCAGAAAAAUUAUCUAUACGUGCUGUACCAUGUUCCGAAACUCAAAUACGUAUUGGUGGAAGACGUCGUUCACCAUCAAAACAAAAAAAUCGUUAUCAACAACAAACAGAAAAAAAAAUUUCUACUAUAAAUAAUGACAAUCAUUAUCAUCAACCAUAUUGUUCAAAACAUCGAAUGAAUUCAUUAGGAAAUAAUACAUUAACGAAUUCAAAUAAAAAACAUCAACAUAAUACAUCUUUAUUUCGACGUUUAAGUGAAAGAAAAGUAGCUCGUGAUAUUGAAGCAGCAGCAGCAGCUGCUGCUGCAAAUGUUUCAUUAAUUGUUCCAACAACAUGUAUAAAUACAAAUACUAAUAAUACAUUGACGACAACAACAAAUACAGAUAUUCUUUCAUCUUCAUUACCAUUACUUUCAUUUAAUCAAUUAAUGCAUGAUAAUAAUAAUAAUGAACGUUCUUCAUCAUCAUCACAUCAUAAACGUAAUCCUUCCAAAUGGUCACCAUCAAAAUCAUCCACAUUAUUGACUAAAGAUUUAAAUGCAUCCCAAUCAACUUCACUACCAUCUAUUACUAAGCAAAAAUCUCCACCUCGACAAAAUCAUUUCCAUGCACCUAUGAUCUCAUCACAUAGGAAAAAACUUCAACGUCAAAACUCAAUCUAUGUUCCUCCAUCUCCAACAUCAUUGCAAUCAACAUUCACAUGGGAAAAUAAUCUCAAUCAAAAUAUGCAAUCAUAUUAUAAUGAUCCAUUAACACAUUCAUUAUCUACUGAAUCAUCAACAAGUUCAACAUCGAUAUCUAAUAAUGUCGAUAGUCAUUCUUCAAAUCCGAUUUUUGUUUCUACAAAAUAUUUCUAUCGACGAAAAUAA